GCACGUUCGGCGUGCCAGUUGUUUGUCGAUUAUUGCCAUAUGUUACACAUUGAAAUACUCCGUACUGUUAGCACACACGUGAACAGGAUACUAAGCUAAUGUGUCCAGUAUGGUAGCGAAGCGGUGUCAAUAUAUUCACUAGUAUUACUGUCACGACUUUGUCAUGUUUUACUCCACAUGUGGAGGUAGUGGCGGAUCUUUUUUUACGGUCAUUACAAGAACAUGCUUUUUAAUGCCAAAAUAAUGAUAUGGAAAACAAGCCCAGCAGCACUGACAGCAUGGAGGUCAUUAAUGUGGAAGCUGAGUUCUGCCGCUGGUUUGUGUUCUGGCCCUGGCUCCUCGGAUUCAUCUGUUUCUGAUGAAAAACCUCCUCACACACCUGUUAUGCUGAAAGAAAUUCUUCAUUACUUAGACCUCAAACCAGCUCAGGUGGUCCUGGACAUGACAUUCGGUGGUGGUGGUCAUACCAAAGCGAUACUAAACACGGUUCCUGAAGUCACGGUCCUGGCCUUGGAUCGAGAUCCCGAAGCUAUUUCUCUGGCUCAGCAGCUAGCCAAGCAGCACUUUGGUCGUGUGAAACCCCUGCUUGGCCGGUUCAGUGAGCUAGAAGCCUUGAUGUCUAACAUGAACAUUAAGCCAGGCAGCAUUGAUGCUGUCCUGCUGGAUGCAGGCUGCUCCUCCAUGCAGAUGGAUCAGGCGAAGAGAGGCUUCUCCCUCAGCAAAGACGGGCCCUUGGAUAUGAGAAUGGACGGUGAGAGGUACCCUGACAUGCCCUGCGCUGCUGACGUUGUGAAUACCUUAGAUCAACAGGCUCUUGCAUCUAUCCUCACUGCAUAUGGGGAAGAAAGACACGCCAGGAAAAUAGCUUCAGCCAUUGUGGAGGCGCGUCGUGUCAACCCCAUCACCCGGACACAUCAGCUGGCCAGUGUGGUUGCAGGAGCAUUUCCUGCCUCCAUUGUCCAUGCAAGAAAAGACCGUCUUCAUCGUCCUGCACACAUUGCCACUAAAACAUUCCAGGCACUGCGCAUCUUUGUGAACGAUGAGUUGAAGGAACUGCACACAGGGCUGUGCGCAGCGAGGUCGGCACUAAAACCUGGAGGACGGCUCUGCGUGAUCACGUUUCAUUCGUUGGAGGACAGACUGGUCAAACACUUCCUGCAGGAUCGUGAUUUAUCUCAUUUGGAGCAAUGCCACUUCAUUGACAACAAGAGAAAUGGUAGAAGGGAAAAACUGGUAGACAAGAACAGAGAAUGUAAUAAAAAUGCCCACUGGUUUCCUGUACAAAGAAAAGUGGUCACUCCAGAAAAAGAUGAUGUAAGAGAGAAUCCUCGUGGACGCUCUGCAAAACUCCGUGUAGUUCUACGGCGGUAGUUACAGCAGGGAUUGUGUUUUAUGGUUUCAAUAUUUUUUUUACAGUCAGAACCAUACUGUACAAAUAUCUGAGUUUUGUUGCCCAAUAAAGCAGUGAAAUAGUUUGUCCUUGAAAUGUGUUAUGGCUUUUGGGCCUUUUGGUUAAAAAUAAUACAGGCUAAUGGCCGUUUCAGACAGAACGCAGUUUGACCUGCGUUUGCUGUAGCAUUCAGCAUGGCACAGCACUGGCUCUUCAACACUGUAUUGGCUGAGUUACUGGUCAUUUGUGCUGUUUUUUUCUGCAGCACAAAUGCAUCUGUUCCAUACUAAGAAGCAAGAACUAGCCUACUAAUUAGGAGAAAAACAGCAGCAUGGAAGAGGCUCUGCAUGUAUGGAAACCUCAAGUCCAGGGAGCAGCUUCGGGAGUUCUAGCUCAUGAAAGAGCUCUAUUACCAAUAAGACACAUACAAUUCUAGCUUUUCCUCCAUUUUACCUUCUAGUGUCUCACCUGACAAAAUGCUUUCUCUUGACUGCAGAAGCUCAGUAUAGUUAAAUACGUGUAUCCUCUCUCAAAGGGCUGUAGCCCAAUUACAUCUGUAUUUUACCCUCAAGUUACAGUUAAUGCCAGGAAAAUUGUUUCAUCUUUUUAACCUUCAUUCAACCUUCAAUUAAAUAAAUAAAUUGAU